AUGACUUGUCCGCUCACACAACCAGGAGGCGGAGCCGCUCGAUUUGGCUCGCCACCUCCGCUCCCGGACAAUGUGCAGCGUCAGCUCGAGCGAGUUGGCUCACAUCAGCUCGAUGUCGAUCUCUUCUCCGACCUGCUCCAAGCCGCCUGCGACUACCUCGAUUCGGGCAAGGCGAAGCAAUCCCACAUCUUCUGCUCAAUAGGCAGGCCUUGCGACUUUGAUCUUGAGAGCUGCAUGCUUCGUGUCUUCAGCUUUCGUGCCAAGGAUCAGGUCGAGCGUUGGACUAGUCGUAUCACCUCGGCCAUCUACUCCAACUGCAUCGAAUGCUACAAAGGUUUUCUCCGAGCCAAGCACCAUCUUCGCACCAUCUACCUCUCGCAGUUUCCGCAAGACAAGCUCAACACCUUUUUCGCCUACGUCGACUCGGUCGAGGAGAAGCUCGCGCUCGAUGUGCUCGAAAAGGCCAGACAAACACAAGGCGACCUCCUCCGAAAGCUCACUCGCCCAGAGAUCUACGCCCUCCUCACACUGGCCGCAUCGCCAAACGCAGCCAAGCUCAACCAAGCCCUCAAAGGCCUCAUCAAGCUCGAACAGCUCCCCAACAUUCAAGAGCUGCCCGCAGGUCUGUUGACGCUGUCCAUCGACGAUGACGCUACCCUUCGUGCUUUUGCAGCGAGACAGAUGCUACUGCUUAGACCUCUGCCACCAGAGAUGGCCGCUACAUUCGUAUUUGCACAAGCACUCGAACGCGUACAACGCCGAUACUCGGAUCAAGGCGCAGUGGCAGACUGGUCUUUGCUCUCUAUUCUCCUCAAUGCUGCUCCCACAUCCGCACCAGCUCUGACCCCAACCAUCCUCAGCCAUGUCCACGACCGAGACGAUCGCUUCUGCGACCUUCUCAAAGCUUACGCAGUCUUGCUCAAGUUGCGAGGUCCAGCGAUAUGGACCCAAAACACCUCCCACAUAGCUCCUUCCGACAAAGACGACGAGUACCCUACAGUCAUCCUCUCCGGCAUUCUCGACAAUCCAUUCUUCACAAAGCCGCUCUUUGAGUCACAGCGUACCCUCUCCAAUCCACGCGAGAAAGGUCUCUUGUUCGGCUGGAUGCGUCUCCACCUUGACACACUCCGACCGCAAGGUGGCAAGCCCUUCCGCGAGGCUAUCAAACGCAUCGCCAACUUUCUCUUUGAACGCAUGCAACAAGGUCAUGUACCCAACGAGACUCGAGCCGUUGCUUUCGCAGAGGCCAUCGACCUCGUUCUCAACCAUGCGGAUCAAGCCAACAGCAGGGAUAUCGUCAAUCUCUACGCUGCUCCUAUCGCUCGGACCGCUCUAGCCCAAGACAGCAAAGCCCAAGACAACAAAGCCCAAGACAGCAAAGCCCAAGACAGCAAAGCCGACGAGUCCACUCGACGCGCUGCACGAGAUCUCAUCGCGCAAGCCUUUGAAAGAGACGCGACCAACCUUGCGCAAGCUCUCGAAAAGCUGUCGGCGCUUUCGACUCGCAACAACCAAAAGUGGAAAGAGCGAACAAGAGCCCAGCGCGACUCCAAACCUGUCGUCUCCCUCGAGACCUUCUACGAGGACACAGCCCGCCAAGAAUAUCCUCUCGUUGAGAUCUGCAGCGUAUUGUGGAAAGAGGUGUACAACGUCACAGCAUCUGGCUCUUCAAAGCAGGGCCUCAGCAUUCUCCUCGGUGCUCUAGCCCGUAUUGCGGUCUGCACACAGCCAUCUUUGCAGACGCACACGCUCAAGCCACCUUCCACCACCGGCUCCAAUGCUGCUUACGACGCCUAUGUGACGCGUAUGCGACAGUCGAUAGCUAGCUUACUUGGCGCUUUCCGAGCUAUGCGUCGUUCCGACUUUGCCGAGCGUCUCGCCGACUUUGGUGAGCUCACUGGCGAACAAGAGGUUCAGCAAGUCUGCACCGCCGACGCCUACAGUCUCUUGAUGCUCAACUUGUGUCCAGACGCGGACGUCUACCGCCCCGCUCAGAACCUGCUUCGACAAGCCUUCAGCACGGUGGAGAGUCGUGCUGACUGUUUCCGCAUCCUCUUCCAGAUCAACCACACUUUGGCUCUUCGCGCUCUUGUCGACUAUCUGCAGCUCUUCAUCAAUGCCAUUACCAAGAUGAUCGAAGCCAACGAGCUAGCCAAGUGGAUGGUGAGAAGUUUCGCCGACAUUGUCAAUGUGCUUGCUGGUAGCACCGACGGCCUCUUGCGUCCUGGCACUUGGUGGACACUCAUCGAGGAUCGCUCUACACUUCAAGCGGUGGCGCUCAAGGCUCCCGCUAUCUGGCGCUCAAUGUGCGACAGUGUAGCGGCCAUCUUCAAACGUACUCCAUCAUGGUCGACACUGCUCCCCAGAGAGGAAAUGGUGGCGUGGUUCCGUGAUGUCACCAUCUUUGCAUCCGAGAUGGUCGAUGCCUUGGCAGUGUUCCGCAACGUUGUGCGUCGUGCUGCUGAAGCUCCGUCUCGAUGGAUUGGUGGCCAAGAUGCAGACGCCCUUGAGUCGGCAGAGGACGAGACCAUGGUGCAAGCGCUUGCUCUACCCGUCGAGUGCGCUACCAGCUGGCUUCGCAUGAAUGAUGAAGACAUUCUCCGCGAGACGCAGUCGUUCAUCCUCAAGGCGCUUGACCAGUUCGGUGUCGAGUACGAUUUUCCAUCACGUUCCAAGACCAAGAUGCUCACUUUUAUCAACGAACAGAUGGCUAUCAAGGAUGCAGCAGCUCGACAUACCUUGCUGACACUUGACGAGUUGGCCGAUCUCAAGGUUAGGCUCGACCCCGACGCCGGCAUCAUCGAGAUUAGCGAUGAGGAUGAUGAGACAACCAGCACUGCUUCGGACGUCAAGACAACUCAGUCUACGGCUACAACCUCGGUCUCCUUCUCCUCCUCCUCCUCCUCCUCCUCCUUCUCCUCCUCCUCGUCGUCGUCGUCGUCGUCAUCCUCUCUGAAACGCACCGAGGAUGCUUCAUCAGCUUCCAAGUAUUCAUCUGGACCACGCACAACAUCCUCAUCUUCUGGUCGCGCUAAAGCUGAGCAAGACAACUCGCACUGGUGGGCUGGUGUCGGCAACUUUGGCAUGCUCUCAAACAGUCAAGAGCAACGGCGCAAGAACAAGCUCAAGCAGUCCAAGCUCAGCUUUGCCAAAGUCGAUCCCAACGACAUUAUCGAUAUCGACAAGGAUGAACGCUCCGAUGCGGGCACCACCAAGAAGCCCAUCACGCUCGACUUUACCCGCCCCAAAGCUGCACCGUCCCCCUCGGCACCGAUCAAUGCCUACCGAGGCGCUUCAUCGCGAGGCGUCUACUCGUCUUCAUCGAGUGCGUCAGCGAGCUCGCGGGCGGGUAUUACCAAGGGAAGCACUGGUAAGCUCGCUCAACUACGUCAAGAGCUGGGCAGCGGCUCUGGUCGCUCGUUCAAGCCACAGAAUGCCAACGUGCGAUCAGGCGAGGCUCGAUGGGGUCGCAAUCACGAAGACGACGUUACCGUCAGGGCACCCGCUGCUGUCAGCUCCGUGACUGGCGCGCUCAUCAGCAAGAUGCCGCCUCCUACGACGGAAGCUGCCAAGGCGGCCGCUGCGAGGAAAGCGGCAAGAGCCGAGAGCGAGAGUACAGCUUCCUCAUCCUCCUCUUCCUCCGAGUCUAGCGAUGAAGAGAGCGAGGCGAAAGGCCUGGCAGCGCUUCGUGCCAAGACGGAUCGUCCACGUAUUCCCAAGGUAGCUCAGCCACCGCAACGCAAGAUGAUCAUCCGCGAGGACUAUCAUCUUGAGCGGGCUAAGCUUGAACGUGCUGAUGCCGAACGCAAGCGUAUCUUGCGUAGUCCGCCCGACUUUUCGGCACUCUAUCGCAGCAUUCUCUGUUGGAAGUACAACCAUGAAGGCGAUCGACCUCCAGCACAACCCGGUAAGGAACCCACCUAUCGACACAUCCAGCCGCACUUUGCUAAUGCCAACGAGUAUGGCCUUGUGCUUGGGCCUCUUCUGCUGCUGGAAUGCUGGGCGCAGUUCCGUCAAGCCAAGGAGGAAGCCGACACCAACAAUGAGCCCAGCAUCCCUCUCGAAGUGGCUGGACGAUCUACGGUCGACAUGUUUGUCGAUGUCAACGUCACCAUUCCACCUGACGUGCUGCCACCGAUGAUCAACUACAACGAUGCCGAAAUUGUACGACUCAAGGAGAGGAGGCCAGCCAUCUCGGGCAAGGAGGCCAAGAUCAUCUUGGCCAAAGUGCAGGUAUUCAAGCGACAUCCUCAAGGUCAUCAGCUGACACUUCGAUGCUGUUUGGCAGAUGACCGUCAAGGUGUCAGCACCGCGCUGGUCAAUCGAUCCAAGUGGGAAGUCAAGAAGCUCUUUUCGCUCACUACGCUGCAUCGAGAGUAUGGCGCGCUCAUGGUCGCUCCGCACUUUGAUCUGUUUAGCGAUGUCAUCAAGGCACGUGUCGCACCCAAAGCGACGCUUGCAGCUGAUGAGGUGCGCAAGGCGAUGCAAGGGUAUCAAGUCAACGAGCCGCAAGCGCGAGCCAUUCUUGGCUCGUUGGCAACUGGAGGCUUCUCGCUCAUCCAGGGUCCUCCAGGUACAGGUAAGACCAAGACCAUCUGUGCCCUCAUUGGCGCCUUUGUCUCUCGCCGGAAAGGUCCUUCGACGUCGGUGCAGGCUGGACAGGCGCAGGGCAAGGUCGGUGCGACGAAAAAGAUCCUGUUGUGUGCACCGAGUAAUGCAGCCAUCGAUGAGGUGGCGAAGCGUGCUCGAGCCGGCAUUCGCCUACUGGAUGGCAAAGUCAUCCACCCCAAAGUCGUUCGUGUCGGACGUGAGGAGACGAUCAAUGUCAGUGUCAAGGACAUCUCGCUCGAGUACCUCAUCGAGCAGCGGCUGGAGGGAGGCAGUGCCUUCGAUGCCAAUCGUAACAGUGCCACUGCAGCCGACCCAAGCGCCUUGCAUGCCGAGAUCCACAAGCUCAAGAUGCAACGAGAACAGAAGCAGGACGAACUGUCUCAGGCUCGAGGAUCGGGUGAUGGAGCAUUGGCGACGCAACUCGAAGCCGAGAUCCGUAACUUGUCCGCCAAGCGUCUGGGUAUCAUGUCGAAGCUCGAUGAAGCCAAGGAUAAGCAGCAGAGCCAGCAUCGUCAGCGCGAAGCCGAUCGUAGGCGAGCCAGGCUAGAGAUCCUGGGCGACGCCGAUGUGAUCUGCACAACUUUGUCGGGUGCCGGUCACGAGAUGCUCAGCGGUGUCGCCUUUGACUUUGAGACGGUUGUCAUCGACGAGGCAGCACAGGCUGUCGAGUUGAGCACGAUCAUCCCGCUUCGAUACGGAUGCAAGCAGUGCAUCAUGGUCGGUGAUCCGAAUCAGUUGCCACCCACAGUCAUUUCACAGCAAGCCGACAAGCUGGGCUAUUCGCAGUCGCUGUUUGUGAGGAUGUUUGAGCGUGCACCUCAAGCGGUGCAUCUACUCAGCAUUCAGUACCGUAUGCAUCCCGAGAUCUCGGUCUUCCCUUCGAAAGCGUUCUACGACUCGAAGCUGCAAGAUGGACCCGAUAUGGCCGAAUUGACACGCCAGCCUUGGCAUAAGUACGAGCUGACGCGACCGUUCAAGUUCUUGUCGACGAAAGCACCCGAGUCGCCUGGUCGCUUCCAUUCGAUCAUCAACAAGGAGGAAGCCAACGUCGCUCUAGCUCUGUACGAGCGACUGCGAACCGACAAUCCGCGAGAGAAUUUUGACUAUCGAAUCGGUAUCGUCACCAUGUACAAGGCGCAGGUGUUUGAGCUCAAACGGACGUUCCAGCAACGCUAUGGACAGGACAUUGUCGAGCGCAUCGACUUUAACACGGUCGAUGGUUUCCAAGGUCAAGAAAAGGACAUCAUCAUCUUGAGUUGUGUCCGUUCACUGCCCAAGCCGAGCAGCAUUGGUUUCUUGAGCGAUCGUCGACGUCUCAAUGUCGCUGUCACCCGUGCCAAGAGCAACCUGUUUAUCAUUGGUAAUGCUGAACAUCUGCGUCGAGGCGAUGCGAUCUGGGAGAGCUUAGUAGCUGCGGCUGAACAGCGUGGAGCGGUGCAACCCAUCACGGUAGCAUUGCUGCAGAAGGGAAUUCGCACUCUGGCCAACAACUUUGUUGCUAUCGAGUCGAAGAAGCCAGCUACAGCUGCAAAUUCUAGCACGACUCGAUCGACUACAGCAAGACCUCUGCCUCGGCCUCCAAGUGGUCCACUGCCAGCUCUUCCUCCCGGACCUCCUCCAGGUUCACCUCCCGCUCGACCGCCGCCAUCGACUGCUAGGCCGCCUGUGCAAAAGCCGGGCACUUUGUACGCACCUCCACCCGUCAAUCAGGGCAAUGGCGCCGCGAGGAAGCUCGUGCAGAGCCCAAAUGGCGUGCCUCCUCGAGGGCCGCACAGUGACCCAAAGAAGCGCAAGUCGAUCGUGGUCGACGACCCCAAGAUGAUCCCGAAGAAACCGCGUCUUUCAAUUGAGGUCGACAUUCCUGCAGGCAAGCCGCGUCCUCAUUCGAAUGCAGCUUCACCAGUCGGUCAAGGUUUGCGACCUGGUGCUGUCAAUGGUCGACCCAAUGGCGGCCAGAACGGCAAUGGUGCGAUGCGUCCUCCUCGAACAACAGAUAAUCCCAGCAACGACCUACCAGCGGGAAAGCUUCGAGUAUCGCCUAUGCAGCAGCAGCAACAGCAACAGCAACAACAACAACAACAACAGCAACAACAACAACAACAACAACAACAACAACGACAGCAACAGCAAGUUCAAGCUGGAAUCCCCAACAAGCGGCCGGUCACUCCUCAUGGUGCUAGCCCCAAAGAGCGCGUGCCGAUCGGUGUGCCUAAUAGGAAUGGAGUAGCUCAUGGAAGUCCACGUGGAUUGGCUGCGCUGUCUCGCCGACCUGCCAGUCCACCGAAGCCCUCGAACGCUGCUCUCGACGCCUUGUUUGUCAAGAAGCGCAAGUGA